CAUAAAGUAUCAGGGAAAACAAAACGAUAUCAUAGUCCAAACGAGAUAGAGAAAGCGAGAAAAAUAUCAAAAAAAUUAUUUAUUUUGUUGUGUGUUUCAUUGGUGUAUUGUCAAAAUAAAUUGUUUGCAUUGUACAAAAGUGAUUUAAUUUGCAGCACGAACAUUCCAUUUAUUCGAACACAUCAUAUUUUCGAUGAAUAAACACAGAAUGACACUGUCAACAUAUUGAAUUGUCAAAAUGCAUUGAAAAUAAAAUUGUUUUUAUAACGCAAUAGAAAAUCGAACAAAUUCUAAAUUCUACAGAAAACGAAUCAUAUCGCAAUUAGAAAUAUACGAAGAGAAAGAAGUAACAGUAAACGUCAAAAAGAGCAUACACAUCUGUGUUUUGUGCAAUAAUGACCAUGUCAAGAACGUAACAGUGUGAUUGAAAAUAAAGCAGAGAACAAAACCAAAUAAUGUCCUAUUUCAAGAUCUAUUAUUCGGGCCAUGAGCUGAAUGUGAUGCAUACUCAGCCAAUGGAUAACAUUACGAAAAUUGCAUCGCACAAUGAUCAUGUGUUUGUGUUGACAACGGCCAAGCAACUAUUUUUUGGAACUCUUAAUGGUCAUGGUCCACAGGCGAAAAUUCAGUUCGAAGUUAUUCGCACGGACAUAAUUGACGUUGCAUGCUCAGUUGACUCGGUAUAUGUGGUCGAUGAAAAUGGUAACGUCCAGCACUGUCCAUUGAUGGCAUUCGACUUUGACAAACGAUGGAAUAAUAUACCAAUAUUGAACUAUGGUGCAAUUUACGAAGGUGUUACAACAUCGAAUGGCGGUGACAGUGUUCGUGUGCUGGAAGUAUGUUGUAAUAAUGAUGGUGCCUUGUUUAUAACAGCCGAUCGUGAGCUAUAUGCAAUGGGCAGUUUCAACGAUGUCUGCACAUCCGAUCAACCAAUGAAAGUGGCACAAUUCAUUAACUAUGAAAUUUUGCAAAUUGCAAUGGGAAAACAUUUUGCUGUGAUCCUAACAAAAAAACGAACAACACAACCGUUCCAUACAAAUGCAUCACAUACAAAUCACAUUGAUUCAUCAAGCUGUGACGGUUCAAUCCAUUCCGUCGAUAAUUCAUUGGCAAGCAUAUCAAUCAAUGAACAUGAUUGUGAACCGUUUGUAUCGUCAACGCCAUUGCCGUGUGACAAUGUUAAUAAUGUCGACGGUGGCUCAUUGAAUAGUGUGAAUUUGAGUAAUUUAAAAACAGCAACGAUAAACAACAACAAUAACACAGACACCGAAAGCAGUUCGCCGGAUCAAUCAUUGUUAUUUGAUGUGGAACAUGCUAUCGGACGAUUGUUGAAAACAAAUGGACAGAUUCAAACGCAAGUUUGGUGCUUUGGCAGUAUAAAUGGUUCCGGCCAAUUGGGCGUUGGUGAUCAUGUAAGACGUAUGCAUGCCGUUGAAGUGUUGUCGUUACGUGAUCAGGGUGUUGUUCAAAUUUGUUCGGGUGAUGAACAUACGGCCGCUCUAACGCUCGAUGCUCGUCUCUAUUUGUGGGGCGAUAAUUCAUAUGAACAAAUCUCACAUUGGUUGGAAAAAGAGGAUUGUAGCUCACCGAAACGUUUUUAUAAAACGGAGCAAAAUAUUUUCAGCAUGCAAUGUGGCCAUCAGAGUACAUACAUUCUAACAAACAAUUUGGAUCGAUACGAGCUCAGCCGAAAUAGACAUUUUCCCAGCAUUGGAAUUAUGCACGAAUGCAAUGAAGCGUAUAGCAGCCAUCAAUCGGAUUAUUUAUUUUUAGCCAGCAAACAAUAUUUAGUCGUUGGAAAUGUGUAUCGGCCGUUACGUUUUGAAAAGUAUUUAAGAUUCGAACAACAAUUUCUACAGGAUAUUCUACAAAAGACACGACCAAACAUUGAAAAUUUUCUACGCACUGUCAGUCGUAAUAUUCAAAUUAAAUAUCGUCAACUGUAUCGACAAUUUGCUUUACAAUACAACACCGUAACGGAAUUGGCGGCAAAGAAUAUUGCCACUUUAUUGAAGUUUGCAUGCCAGAAAUGUGAUUUUGUUGCAAUUCCAUUUAUACGACAUCAUAUGGAAUAUGUGCAUGCAUUUCGUACAUACUGUAAAUUAUAUUGUGAAACAAUUUGUUCGGAUGAUUUUGGUCGUUUCAAUCAAAUUAUUAUACCAAAUGCUGAUUUCACAUCGAAAUUUUCACUUCCAUUGCAACACACCACAAAUUAUAUCGAUUGUAUUCGUGAAUUGAUUGAAAUCAAUGGUGAAAGUGAUAUGCUUCAAACAGCGCUAAAUCAUUGGGAACAAUUUCUUUGUGAAGUCGAUGAAAUGCAAAAAUCGGCCGAUUUGACAAUUGCAUUUUGGAUGUCAAAUCAAAAGACAAUUCCAUUGGCAUUGCAAAUACCCGAACGUCGUUUUAUUAUGGAUUCAAAGGAUUCGUCAUUAAAAAUGCUGCCAUCGAGUCGAUUCAAGUCAAAUUGGUUCAUUUUAUUCAAUGACAUCUUUUGCCACAGCACUGGAAGCAGUUCAUCACUUAAGCAAUAUCCGUUAAAAAUACUUUGGGUGAGUAAUGUUGUGGAUAAGGAUGUAUCACCAUCAUCGUCAUCUUCGACGGCGCCCGCAUCGUCAACGGUACGAAAAUAUGCAUUUAAAAUUGUAACGCCUGAAGAACAAUUUUUAGUGAGCGCACCAUCGAACGACAUAAAAAUGAAGUGGUUGCAAUCGUUUGAGCAUUAUAUCAAAGUUUCAUUAGGUAAAGUUAAGUCAAAAUCGAAUUUUAUGCGUCGAACAACGGCCUAUACAUUCAGCGAUAAACAUCGUGUGUAUCCAUUGUGUCAAUAUCUUGGCCAAUGGUUUUAUGGUAAAAUGGAUGGUAUCGGUUGCAUUGAAUAUACAGACGGUCGCAUUUAUACCGGUCAAAUUAAAGCGAAUGCCAUCAAUGGCUACGGACGUUUGACAUAUUCAAAUUUGGACUGUUAUGAGGGUCGGUUUAUCGAUGGGAAAUUUGAAGGUUUCGGAACACUUGAAACACAUCAAUCGAAUGAAAACUAUGAAGGUCAUUUUAAAAAUGGACUUAAACAUGGUUUUGGCAUUUUAACGGACAAUUUGCGAACAUAUAUUGGCGAAUUUUCAAAUGGUUUACCAUGCGGAUACGGUGUACUCGACGAUUCUGAGAGCGGUGCCAAAUAUAUGGGAAUGUUUAAAGAUGGUCAUCGAUGUGGACACGGUUUUUGUAUAACAGCCGAUGGCAAAUACUUUGAAGGACAUUUUAGUGAUAAUGAUUUGAACGGAAACGGCAUUGCAAUGUUUACCGAUGGCUCCUAUUAUGAAGGUGAUUUAAACAUAAAUGGUCCAAGUGGCCGUGGCAGUCUUUAUUUACCAACCGAUUCACAUCAGAGCGAUGUAAAUAUCGAGACGGACAGUCUUAAAGCUUUAGUUUUUGGCAGCAUACUGAGCGGUUCGUUGAGUGGAUGCUGGGAAAAUGUUAAAAUUAACAAUGGAAAUAUUUUGUUAAAUCAAGAAUUUACCAAAUAUCCCGGUCAAAUUGGUCAACCACAAAUUGACAGCCAAUCGAAAUGGAUGGCUUUAUUUACAAAUUGGGAAUUUGACGUAUUUGGUGAGGCAAUGAAUGACAUUACGGAUACAAAGAAACUAUGGAUUAAAAUAGGUGAUUAUACAGAUACGGUGAAACAAACUGAAAUGCUAAAAUCAACCAUAUCCACAUCGGCCAUUUUAUAUAAGAGCGGCGAUGGCAUUGGCGGCAGUGGCAGCAACACGACAAAUCAUUUUUUGCACGACAAUACAGCUACCAAUCAACAUGAUUAUCACGUGUCAAAAUCGUUAAGUUUAAGUCGUAUCACGGGAAAAAAUUAUAAACGGAACUUGUUAGCAGUUGAACGAUCCAAAUCUAUAAGCAACGAAUUUUUGAAUAAUGCAGCCAAUUUUUCCCAUUUGGCGGAAAGUGAGGAGAAAGGUGAUGCAAACGAAUCGAAUAGCAGUGGCGGAAAAAAUGAACGACUCGAUUUAUCAACGGCAUUGAAAAGUCCAAUUCCAUGUUUUGGCAUCACAAAGUUAGAUGCAAACGAUUUACGAUUAGUUCGUGAUUAUUUAACAAAAGCAUUCAAAAAUCCAUAUCAUCCGUUGGGCAUUUUGAAUGCAAAAAUUUCCUACUGUUUUUACACAUCGUACGGCUGCUGGAAAGUGAAACCCAUCGCUAUUUUAUCCACGCAUGCAAUGCACGAAUGGGAAUGCAUAUCAAAACGCAUUUACACUAUUCUACGGAAAUUAUUCCCAACACUACCCCAGGAAUAUGGAACAUUGGAUGACGAAUUCAUAUCACAUCGAAGCUUAUUGUAUCCUAUUCUGCUGUCGGAAGGCGUUUAUUCAACAUUGUUUGUACUGUACGCAAAUAAAUGUAGCAAACGCGAUGAAAUUUAUCGGCAACGCAUUCAAUUGAGCGAAAAGAAAACAUACGAUGAACUGAUGGGUUUUCUAAAACUCGCCAGCAAAUAUCUUCCGUUGAUCAAAGACGACGAAUUCUCACUGGCAAUACACACUUUACAACAGGUUAAAGAAAAGUUUUGUCCACGCGAAAUGCUACAAUUGAUUGAAAAAACAUUUAAACAUGUCGAGGCGGCAGCUGAAAUGGUAUCCAAAUCAAUCGAAGACCAACCAGUAGCUGAACAUAGUUUGAAAGCGACCGAGGUCGUUCAACUGAACGCUGACAAUAUGAUGCCAUUGACAAUUUUCUUGUUGCUUCGUGCAGCUAUACCACAUCUUGGUACAGAAAUUCUACUGCUCGAAGAUCUUAUGGGACCUGACUUUGAAUUUGUUAUGAAUGGGUUUGCCGGCUAUUGUUUUACAACAAUAAAAGCCGCCUAUCAACACAUAAUCAAUGACUCAUUUUUACAAUAAAAUCAUAUAACAACACACGUAUCGAAAUUAAAACAAAUCUAUUCCGCGCGCUUUGAUAUUGUGAUAUCUGAAAUGUAAAGGAAAAAUUAAACGAAAUUUAUUUAAAAUAAAAACAAACAAAUCGUUCGUUCUAUUGAAUUGUAGUAGAUUUGAAGGUUUGAAAAAUUCAACUCUGUCUGACAUUUAUUCAAGUUUGGUUUUCUUUUGCUUACAUUUUCUUUUGCUUACGAAAAUGAUGCUGUGUUACUUUUGUUUUGAUCCAAUUAGACUUUUUUUUAACCAAAAGCCACCCAAAUUGUAAAAGAGCUGUAUAAAAUAUCCAUUUUCUCCGAAUACCAGCCAAAUAGAGAUUUGAUGAAAAGAAAAGACGGUCAAAUUAUAUAAACUCGCAUUUUUUUAUAUCUUUAUUUCCUUGAAUAUUCUGUUUCAUUAAAAGUCAGAGUACCAAAGAUUUUAAAUUGUUAUAACGAAUAUUUACACAUGCUUUGCAGAACAAAAAAAAUAUGAUUUUAUUGUAUUUUAUUGAGAC